CGUGCGUGGGGCGGGUAUGUUGGCUGCACUGUUCUGACAGUUGGUGCUGUUGUGUAAUUUAGGAAUGCAGUCUUUAUAAGCCGGGUUGAAAAAUCCCUCUUAAAUGUAUAAGGGUCUACCUUUGUCUAAUAGUUCGUAGUCAAGAUAUAAGUUUCAUGUAGUAAGUAAGCGUUAAAAAACGUGUAGGUGCUGUGUAACAAAGGCAACGUUAAAGAAACCCGGAAUCACCCUUUUAACGUUUGCGUGGUGUCCGCUCAGCCACUGCUAGUGUCCCGAUGUUGCUGUGGGCAGCGGUCGUAUUACUACUUCUUUUUGUCAUCAUGGACGUGUCGUAUUUUAUUCGGGGGACUCUGGUGUUUGCACGCGGCCUCUUACGUCCCCCGAUCAGGGACAUUCUUCAGGAGCUGACGCUAGGAGGUCGAGUCCUCACCACCGAUAUUGACUACAUGGGACACAUGAACAACGCCCGUUACCUACGCGAGUGUGACUUCGGCCGCUUUCACCUGUACGCGAGCAAUGGAAUCCUCAAGGCAACGCGGGCAUUGGGUGCAAACAUGGUAGUGGGCGCCUCAACGAUCCGUUACCGGCGAUCCUUGCAGUUUUUGGAGCCCUACGAGCUGCGCACCCGCAUCAUUGCCUGGGACGAUAAAGCCUUUUAUUUGGAGCAGCGCUUUCUGUCGGCACGGGACGGUUUUGUGUGCGCCAUCAUGCUGUGCCGGCAAAAUGUGUUACGUAGCACACCGGAUAAGAUGAUGCAGCACUUGUGUAAGAGGAAGGUGGAAAGCCCAGAUUUUCCAGAAGAUCUCCAGCACUGGAUAAAGUACAACACAGCCAACAGCGAGAAGCUGAAGACAGAGCAAGAGACUGAUGGAAAGUUGGAUUAACCACAUUAUCAUGACAGGCCACUAAACUGUAGUCAGAACUUUCAAACAAGAUGGGAAUAAGGGAAAAACAUACUCCAAAAAAUAGUAAUUUGAACAAGGUAAACCCUUUGGUGUGACAUUUUGCUGCAUACAGUUCAAUUUAAUGUUAAACAUCAACUUUCUUUUGCACUGCUGGACCGUGCUUCCUUUACAAAACAGGAUAUUCAAAUUUGACUUUUUUUUUCUUUUUUUGCAAGAGUUCUCUUUAUGCUGGGGGAGCCAUUUUCCUCCUAAUGAGUGUGUGAUCUGGGCCAUUAUGGCAUCUCGGCAUGCAUGAAGUUUACUAAUCUGAGUCCCAAACACAUCUUACUUUGCAUGUGAAAUUUUUGACAAUGUACUAACAUGCACACGUUUUAGUAGAUUGCACCAAACUACUGUGCAUAUUUUAAGCCAUCCAUCCAUCCAUUUUCAAAUAUGGGGUUUAAAAUAAGGGUUAAUAUUUGGUUCCUACAAUAUGAAAGAGCUUUAUGUAAGCUAUACCAAAAGAAUUGUACAGCACAGAACACUGUAGUCAGACUGUUAAACUUACAAGUGAUGUUUCAUCAUGAAUCAUUCUACUAGGUUUCAGUGAAUCAAUUGAUUUUUUUUGUUUAACAUUUUAAAUUAGUAUUGUAGGUUAGUACAAGUAGUGUGAGGAAAAAAGUCAUAUUUCAUGGAAGACUGACAGUGAGAUGCAAUGAAAUAUGCCCAAAAUGCUGCAUCAGUGUCAAACUGUCAUCUGUAAAAAAUGGAUGAUCCCUCCCAAUGGUACCUGAGGGAAAAGGAAAUGCAGGAGCAGAUAUGGGUGAGCAUUUCAGCUUUUAAAGUCUUGAUCUUAACAAACAGCCUUUAUUUUAUAUAGCACCUUUUGUUAUGAGGACCAUCAAAAUGUAUUUCAGAAGUACAGUCUCAUAUUAUAACUUUAGAUUUCAGAGCUAGGGCGGCACGGUGGCGCAGUGGGUAGCGCUGCUGCCUCGCAGUUGGGAGAUCUGGGGACCUGGGUUUGCUUCCCGGGUCCUCCCUGCGUGGAGUUUGCAUGUUCUCCCCGUGUCUGCAUGGGUUUCCUCCGGGCGCUCCGGUUUCCUCCCACAGUCCAAAGACAUGCAGGUUAGGUGGAUUGGCGAUUCUAAAUUGGCCCUAGUGUGUGCUUGGUGUGUGGGUGUGUUUGUGUGUGUCCUGCGGUGGGUUGGCACCCUGCCCGGGAUUGGUUCCUGCCUUGUGCCCUGUGUUGGCUGGGAUUGGCUCCAGCAGACCCCCGUGACCCUGUGUUCGGAUUCAGCGGGUUGGAAAAUGGAUGGAUGGAUGGAUUUCAGAGCUAGAGAACCGAAAGAUUAACUGAGUUGCUUAAUUACACAGUGAGAAAUAGAGGUAGGAACUGAACCAGCAGCCUUGUGGUUCAGUGUCUGCUAUUUAUUCUUUUGGGAAUGGCAAAACAAAAAGCUUUAUAUGUAGUUAGACUGUUGAUGUAUGCACUGUAAAUGUUGCACAUUUAAGUACAUAAAGGGGAACAUUUUUUUCUAUCUUUUAAUGGCAGAAAAUACUCUUUCAUAUAGGAGCUUUAAGAAAUCGUGGCAUGAAAUGAUGCUGCUGUUUUCAUAUAAAUCAUAAGAAAAAAAGCUAACUGGUGAUUUCACUGGUCUAGUAGGGAAGAACUCAAAUUCUCAUUGGAGGGCAAAGACUGUGGCCAAAAUGGUUUUAGAAUUUAGUGUUAGAGGAAACAAAAUGUAAAUUUGAACAACCCGAAGUUCGUACUUGUGUUCACACAUCAGGCAACUGAUAGCAAGCCCCUGCAAGGGAAUAUUAAAGCUAAGGGUAAUGCAAACAAAGCUUUUACAUUAGAGGAAUUACGAGGGAUGUUCAAAUAUAAACCGGAAUUUAUGAGCUACACUUUAUGAAUUGAAUACAAUGAAACGACUUACAUUUCUACAUGUCUAUGUAAUCUCCUGCCACUGCAAUACGCUUGCUGCAACGCUCAGGAAGCUUCUUAAUCCCAGAAGAGUAGAAGUCUUUUGACUGCACGUUGACCCUUUCUUGCACAGCGUCAAUAACCUCUUCAUUCGACUUGAAUUUCUUCCCUCCUAAAAAUUCCUUAAGUGGACCAAAGAGAUGAUAGUCCCUGUCUGAAUGACUUGAACCAAUCAUACAUUCUCGACCGAGAGAGACACUCAUCCCCAAACUAAUUUUUAAGUUUCGAAGAAAUCUGAGAUGGAAUGACUCCUUCAUUUGUCCAGACUUUAGUAAUAAUUUGCUGCAUUAACACUACUGUGUUACCUCCUUCUCCGACAUGUUGAUUACAACUGACAGGAAGGGGGGAAAGAGCAGCUAGCACUACUAACGACAAGUUCAAAAAUGCAUGUUUGUCCAAGGAGUCAUGUCUACCUUGCACUCUUUAGAAGAACAGAGCAUGAGAAUUCCUCUUUAUAACUGAACACCCUCGUACUAGAAUACUAGCUCUGCUACCUGUCUAAGAUGGCUUCAAAUCUAAGUGAUUAAUGUAGACCUUGGAGUUAACUUUUGCAGAGCACCAUUUAUUGCAGUGUAUGCAGUAAUUCAAUUUGUCAUUCCAACUGACCGUAAACCACAAACAUUUGUAGUAAUGCAUUUUAUUACUACAAAUGUUUGUGAUGUGCCAUCUGUUGGAAUUAUGGAGACAGCAACCGGACAGACACAUAUAUAGACACACAGACACUUGUCCUUUUAUUAAGGUGGAUUCUGACUUAUUAGUAAUUAUUGGAUGAGGAAACAUUUUUUUGGAUUUGCUAAAUUUUGUGUAUGGCUCGUCUGUUUGAAACAUUUUCCCUUAUUUAUGCACUACUUGAGUCCAUACUAGGAAGUACACUAUGUGAUACCAAACCCGAGAACUUGCACUACAGUCUGGUCUGCAGUUAUUUUUUGCACUGUUGAUGACUUGUCGUGCUCACUGGUGUGAGUUCCAUGUUACCAUUUCAGUUAUGGAAUUUGCACCAUAUAUUACCAGGUUAUCAGUUUUAUGGGAGCACUGAAGUUUGGUAAAUGCACUUUUGAACAUUUGUGGAGAUAGCAUUUUACAAAAUAUUUUAGUUUACAUCUUGCCUGAAGAAGGGGUCUGAGUUGCCUCGAAAAGCUUGCAUAUUGUAAUAUUUCUAGUGACUUCUCACUACUGUACAUCCGUAAUGGCUAACACAGUACAACACUCUAGUACUACAAAAUAUUUUGAAAUUAUUUCCAAAGAUUUUGUGUAGCAGGUUGAACUCGCAUCAAGCACUCCAGUUACGUACAUUUUUUUUGUCUUUAUACCAAAUGCCUGUCAAUUAUUUUACAGUUUUUGACAUUAAUUAUAACAACUCAUACUAAUUUGUAUAUCUAUAUACAUAAAAUUAUUUUCGUGUUUGAAACGGAAAUUACAUAUGACUACGCGAUAUGGAAAUUACGUAUGAAACGGAAAUUACGCAUGACCAAGAAGUGCGCUCCGCGUCGUCCUCUCCCAGCCCUCCUGUCUGGACAACAGUGCUGAGCCGUCUGCCGCCAGGCGUGUUCUGACAGAGAAGUUUUAUUUAUUCGUCCACGUGACUGUCGCAGAAACUGCCACAUUGUAACUUUUUUUUAGUUGGCAGUACUUGAUAGUAGAAGAGAUGAGGAAAACAGCUUUGCGUCUUUCUACUUUUUAACUGCGGCGAGCUGUAAACAAUGUGCGUGAGAACAGAGUGGACGCUGGGAGGCGCGGAAUGUCGAGCUGCUCUGCGGGGUCGAGAGCUUCGCAGUUUUGGGUAGCGUCCUCUCUUUUCGCACUGUUUGUGACACUUCAAGUGCCCCGUCGGCUCCUGGGAGAGUGGAAAUCUUUGUGAAUGAGUGUAAUCGGCGCCAUCGAAGCAGGACUCUGUUUGUAAAUUACCCUGCACUACUACUUACUGUCCCUUAAGGUGAGUUCGGGUCACUAAAUCCCCGCAACAUUCAAGGUUCCUUUUGUGAUGAAUUAUUUUAAUAAGUAAAUCACAGGCACGUAGUGCAAGGUUGUCAGGCAGAAAUUUGGACAAUCACAUAGAAAAUGUAAUUUCUAUACCACAGCGGUCAUGUAGCGCCUUUCACAAGGGAUCUACUACCGACAGAUAAUCCAAAUACAUUUUAGCUGCUGUUAGUACUACUUACUGUUGUGUUACAGCGCCUUUAAAGUGUAGUUUACCCCAAACCACUCCAGUAGUGCUCAAUAUAUCUUUACUUCUUAAAUGUUAAUGUUUUACUGUUUAAUAACUUAUAGACUACAUUUUAUUUUUUUUCCCUUGCACUCAGUGAGCGAAGCCACUGGGUAAUCGACUAGUUAUACAUAUAUAAUAACUUUGCACAGAGUACGUCAGACCAUUGCUUCACAGCAGUACAUUAUAGAUCAGUAAAAUUGUUUUCUUUAUGGCUUAUUGGAGGCCUUGCCAUUUAGGUGAUUGCUGAGGUUCACACUGCCAUUGCGUUGGAAAUUAAACCUGCAGUCUAACGUUCACAUUUUUCUUUUAUUUACCAGAGCUCACCGGCAGUUUAAAAUACUGGAGGCUCCAACCACUAAUUUCACCUUUAAAAUUGCUUUUUUAUUGAAAAAACCAACUACUUCUAAAGCACUGCCUCCAAUUUAAAGGCGAAAAAAAUGAAUUUACUUGAUGACAUUUAUUUAAAGUAUGAAAGGGAUACUUCCUCCCUUCUUAGAUUUUCGGUCUCAAGGCCGUUUUAUCCAACAUUAAAAAAAAUAAAAACCUUUUUUUUUAUGCAGUGCAGAUGAAUCCUAUAAGGGCAUUAUCACAGUAAGUGAGCAUAAGAUUGCAAUGCGAGGCAAAAUACACAUUCAUUGAGAAGGCGUCAUGUAGUUCUCCUGUAAAUGAUAACAUUUUCAAAACACACUUAAUUCUGUCUUAUUGGUGCAGGCAGCCAGAGUCUAUCCAGACAACCUUAGGCACAAAGCAGGAACAAACCUUGAUGAAGUGCUAGUAACAUUCAUAUACAGUACAUGUUCAGUUAUUUAAGUAUUAUAUUUACUGGUUUAUUUAUGGCAUAUUAUGGAAAGAAAAUUGGAACACAGGAUCGAAAAGUCACACAAGCAUAGGGAGAACGUGGUGCUGCUUGGCAGACCUAGCGUUCCUAACUUUGAAUCCCACACUGGAUGUUGUCACAUUCUCCACAGGUCUUCUUUCCACAUUCUUAAAGGUUGAUUGGCAAUUCCAAAUUCUCCUUGAGACGGCUGGGCCCUGCAUUGGACUGGCACCAGGUCCAAGGUUGUUUCCCUUCCUUGUGCUCAAUGCUGCUGAGAAUGGCAUUGACCUCACAACCAGGCCUUGACUAAAACGGGUCUGAGACUGACUGACUGAACCCUACUCAGAAUAUUUAAAGAAAUUACAACUUAAAAACAGAUUGGCGUGCCCUCUCCUAAUUGCUAUGCCAUGAUGAUGUCUGGUGAGUUCCUGGCUCACCAAGGAAGGUUUUUGACUACAGCUUAAUAGGAAGCUUUAUGACACCUACUAAGUGGAGGAACCAAAGAAAAGCUCUUUUGGAGUUUACUUUUCCAAGUAUUAUAUCAUAUUAAGGCAUUGUUUGUUUUACUAUUACGUACACUUAUACAAGGUGCUAUAACUCGUUCACAGUAGACUCUUUGUUUCAUUGUUAACACAGAACUGUGCUUUGACCAUUUGAUAAGGCCAUCUUUGAGGUGCUGUGGGAAGUCUUAAUUGUUACUUGUCAUUUGAAUGUGAAUGCCAAGCAGUGGCAGACUGAAGGAAUUAAAAGAAUUGAGGAGCCCUUGAAAAGGAGAUGCUGCUUUUCAUAGAGAUUUUGUUUUGUGCACAUGUCAUGCCACUGAUAUUCCUCUUUAAUAAUAAUUUGUUUUGUAUGUAUGAUUGAAGAAUAAAGUAUAACUGUCUUUUAGGACCAAGUGGUAAUUGUAUAAUUAAAUAGGAACCUUAUCUCUGCUAAAUUAUUGAUUACAGUAUGGUAUUUAAUUUGCAUAUUCAGUGUAUUGUAUGUGAA